GUGACCUUUGACGUCAAUUUGGUUUAGCGUCUCUUAUCAGAUAACGUAACAAACUGAACCUCUAACAAAAUUUACAUUAUCUGUCAUUUGUUUUUCUACUAUAAAACUAGUUUCCGUGUGGAUAAUCAACCAACAGAACUAAUUAUACUCGUAGCGUUAGAGACAAUUUCCAAUGUGUGUCCCUCAUUACUUAAUUGUCGGUGGUGGUUUGUCUGGUUUGCUUACUUCUUACUUCAUCUCAUUAAUCCGACCACUGGGGAGUUACCGCAUAACAAUUUUGGAGAGCAGCAAUAGGUGGGGCGGUUGGAUUCAAUCAGUUAAAAAUCCAAACACUGGAUCAAUUUAUGAAAUCGGUCCACACAGCGCUCGUGCAAGUUCUCCUACAUCAGAUCUUUUGAUAAGAAUAGUAAAAAGUUUCGGUAUCGAAAAUUCACUUGUAUGGAUGAGGAAAAAUACAGAUGGGGCGGAGCGACUCUUGUAUAUAAAUGACCAAUUGUUGCCACUUUCUGCGUUCACUUUCUCUACUUUGAAACCAUUCACCAGGUCUAACUGCAGUUUGUUCAUCAGACGGUUGUUUUCUCGACGCCCACCAUACCAGUCAGAUUGGACUGUUGAUGAAUUCCUUCGUUCUCGUUUUGAUUCCGAGUUCGCUGAUUACUUUGGUAGUGCUUUUAUGAGAGGUAUUUUCGCUGGAGAUUCACGAAAUCUUAGUGCUCGUGCUUGUUUGCCCGCGAUGGUAAAGUCGGAAGAAUAUGGACCGAAUCUUAUUCUUGGACUUUUACUUUCAAAGAUAAACAAAUCUGUUGAUCGUAUCGUUAUACCAGAUAUUAUUGAUGAAAAACUCCCUCAACUGGGUAGCUUGAUUCCAUCUGGUGCGAUUGCCUGGACUUUGUCAGGUGGAUUACAAACACUUAUUGACACCAUUGUAAAUCAUUUAAGUAAGAAUCAUCCGCAAAUCAAUUUGCAGUUAAACUCCUCCGUUGAAAAAUUGAGAUCUCUAGGCAGCUGCUUUGAGUAUACCUACAAGCACAUCGAUUGUAACAGAAAAGAAACAAAUACGGCUGAUAAAAUCUUUUUUUGCUGCCCAUCCUUCAUUACAGCGGAAAUUUUGGAGGAUGUAUUAACCACUGAAACUUUAAGCUAUCUAAAACCCGACUGUAUUCCAUGGGAAAGUAUUAUCAGUGCUGUUCUAGAAAUAGACGGUUCCUUUACCCCCUUGGUACGCGGGUUUGGGCACUUAGUACCGCGUACGGAAGAUAAGCAUAUUUUAGGUGUAAUAUACGACUCCUUUGCGUUCCCGAAAUUGGAUGGAUCUAAUAAGAAUUUACGAUAUACGAUUAUGAUGAAACCAUUUUCCGAGUGGCUGGAAGCCUCCACAAAGUCAGAUUCCUUAGAAUAUCUGAAAAAUGAUAUUGAAGAGGUUGCAAAAACGGUCCUUAUAAAGCAUCUUAAAAUACCGGAUCCGGUCAUUGUUGGUCGUAAUAUUAGUAUUCUCCGUAACUGCAUUCCUCAGUAUCCUCCAGGUCAUCUAACUAAUGUAGCUAAUUUGCGCGACGGCAUUCGGCGAACUUCAAAUGGCCAUAGUUCUUGCCUAAGAAAUAUAUAUCUUGUUGGUAAUUCGUAUGACGGUGUUGGGUUGAACAAUGCUGUCUACAGCGCUGCAUGUGCAGUCGCUGAAGAGUUCAGUUUGUCCUCAUGAAAAUGGUUUUUUAAAACUAUUUAUUGCUCAUAAACUUUCAUUUUAAUAUCUAGUACCGUAUUCAUUAAUAGCACUACAAUAUCAAUCCGUCUGUUGGAAGAUUAUGAAUGUAAAAUAAACCGAAUACAUAAAAAAGUAGUAAUGUUUCCGGUUAUUUGAUAAAAUUACUGCAUUUCCAUAUUUUUCUUCUACACAUAACAUCAUCUCGC